AUGAGGAUUGGGACAUAUCUGAUGGAGCACUAUAGGUUCACCGGAAACACCACAUUCCUCCAGGAGACUGCUUGGCCAAAUCUGCAGAGCGCAACUGCGUUCUACUACUGCUAUACCUUCAUGUGGAAUGGAUACUACACAACGGGCCCGUCGUUGUCUCCUGAGAAUCAGUUCAUUGUCCUAAAGAAUGAACCUACGGCAGACCAUGUAGAAGGAAUCGAUAUUUCUCCAACUAUGGACAAUUCACUCCUCUACCAGCUAUUCAAUGAUGUUAUCGAGGCUUGUCACAUCCUUGGGCUGACCUCAAGCGAUUGUACUAACGCCCAGACAUAUCUGGCCAAAAUCAAACCGCCUGAGACUGGCUCUUACGGGAAGGUUGCUCAUAUUUUUUAUGUGAAAGAAUUAGAAAUCGGAGUUCAGAUUUUCAGGUUUUGA